AUGCCGGUCGUUUUACAAUCAACCAUCAAUCUCCUAGAAAGUGAGCUGGUCAAAGCUCGCGCUGCCCUCCGAGAUAUUCAACCCAAUGCUUCCCCUUUUGGAUUGGGCGAUGAAAUCGCCGUUGGCGCCAUGACUGCCUACAGACGGGACCUCAUCGGCCGUGCCCCCGAUUUUUAUGGGUCUCGCCGCUUGACGCUAAAGGAACUCGGCCUGGAGCCCGCCGUGCGCGAACUACCCGAACGGGUAACGAAGGUGGAUUCUAUAACGCCCGCCCCUCACCGAAUGGGACUAGUGGAUGUCCUGAGCAAUAGCUUGAUUCUCGACCAGAUGGCACCAUACUUAUCAGUAUCCUCAUUGAUGACAUUGAGUUCAACUUCACGCCGCCUACACACCGUGAUCACUCAGACACCAUAUGUAUUCCGGCAUCUUGAUCUGUCCCACUGUCGGGGUACAGAACUCUCUACAACAGAGAACGACUCCCAGACGGAGGAUGAGAUCUACUCCGCUCCAUUAAAGCGUAUUUUUACGAGUCUUGAGGGUAGAGGUAUAUUGCAAGAUGUGCGCACUCUCAUCUUGGACGGAGUGUCAGUGCCGGCUGAUCUGGUGGCCGAUAUCAUUUUGACGGACCGCUUUAACGUCAAUAUUCUGUCUAUUCGCGAAUGUCACCAUCUGAAUGAACGUAAACUCAUGCAGGUCAUUCAGCAUGCUGUUCGGCCUACACGUCCUGUGGGUACACCGCGCGUGAAGGGUAUCUAUUAUUUCUCUUCCAUGCACAUGGGCCCUCGGCCAGUGGCACGAACCAGAUACCGAGACUGGUGGGGUUCCCGGGUGGGAACUCCGCGGACACCCAGCCAAACCCUAUCUAACUCUGAUCAGGAGGACGGAGCCUCCAGAUCCUCAGUAGUGCAGCAAAACGAGUGGUAUAGCGCAUCCGGGAAGGUUUUCAAGCACACUCUUGAAGAAGGCUGGGCCCAGGUGCUUAGGAAAUGUGAGGGCAUCAUUGCCUUUGAUGCCACUCUGUGUCGUGGCCCGAGACACGAUCCCAGCCUAUACAGCUCGACCAUGGAGGAGACCCUAGCUGAGGUUCCGUUGCUCGGACCUGCCGUGGCCACCGUAGCCCUCGGACCCCGCGGGUGUGAUGGAUGCCACAGUUCCCCCGAAGGUCCGGCUAUAUGGAGUCAGUCCCCAGAUAUUCAAUUUCCGAUGCUUAGCCCCCCGCCAUUGCACUCAUCUAGCGUUGCAGCGGCGAAACGGCCCGAGAUAAUCCCAGGCGAGCAUCCGGUACUUAUUGCCCGCUGCACGGACUGUCUCACCAACCGAUGGUGCCAUCGGUGCAAUAAAUGGUUCUGUGGAAACUGUCUACCAAACCCGCAGCGUGUCCAGGUAAGCCUAUCCCCGCAUCAGACUGCGGUCCACGCCAGUGCCGCUGAGUUGCAGGAACAUGAGGUAUGUUGA